AUGUCGCCACGGUCUACUGCCGGGUCUCCCGAGCCUGGAGGCACUCGUAAACGGCGCCGAACUCCGUUAGCUUGCGAUGAAUGCCGCGAUAGGAAGCGCAAGUGUGACGGCGUGAAGCCUGUAUGCGGCGCAUGCCGUCGACGAAGCAUCACGACUUGCGUCUGGAACGAGGAGAGGGUCAGCAAGAUGUGGACCAAUAGUUAUGUUGAGGGUCUCAGGGCUCGAAUACGGGAGCUUGAGUCGUCACAGAAUCUUCCAUCAAGCCAAUCUGCUCAUAGCGUUCUGUUUCCAGGGUUAUCGCCGCCGGAACCCGCCAAUGCCAGUCCGGAUAUGGAGAUGCCUCAACCAAUGGCGCAGCCAACGAGCCCACCAGCUGAUCAGACUACAAAGAACCUGCCACCUUACUACACCGACGUGCAGGUCGAAUAUAGACCUGCCGUAAAUAACAACCUUCCUGAUUCGCCCAAGGACUUGUCGCACUCAUUGCGCAGCAAGCCCUCUCCAGCCUAUCAAGACCCAGAUCCAGAUCUUGACGCCAGCUCGGAUAGCGAUGACACUGAUGUGAACGCAAUGGGCGUCAUAGCUCCCUUGAAUAGCAUCGGUGGUAGGCGAAACAGGAGACCUUCUGAGUACUUUGGUCCCUCCAGUACUGCGAGUCUGGUAGACAGGGCAAGGAAUGCCAUGGGCCAACAGUGCCGUAAACACUGGUCUGUGUUGAAUAAUAGGCCAUGCUCCCAAUGCCAACAUGAGCUGGUCUCUGCCUUGAGCCCGUCGUGUGCUUCAUCCGGGCGUUCUCACUCACUCAAGACGGACAGUGCGGUAUUUGGCAUGACAGUUCCUCCACGCGAGGAAGCCGACGAUCUCGUGGAAAACUACUGGCGUUGGACACACUCACUCUAUCCAUCUAUCCAUAGGCCGUCGUUCGAAGAACGCUACCAGGCCCAACCCUUCGCGCCGGCGGGCCUUGUGUUUGCUUUAGGUGCCCUCUUCAGCCCCAGGAUGGGCCACAAGGACCGAGAGCAGUUGAGCCGCGGAUUCUUUGAGCGUGCUAAGAAGCUCAUGGAUCUAGACAUGCUCGCUGCAGGCAGUUUGGCUCUCGUGCAAACGUUGUUGCUCAUGAGUCAGUACCUACAGAGCACAGAGAUGUCGAGCACUUGCUGGAACAUCGUCGGGCUUGCGGUGCGCGUCGCCCAGAAUAUUGGGCUGCACCACGACCCCAAAACCUGCAACCAGGGUUGCUGCCCAUCACAGGCCCUUGACCAAGCGGAGACAGAGAUGCGAAGACGGGCAUGGGCGGGCUGUGUGUUGUUGGAUCGAGUCCUCUGCUUGACGUACGGGCGGCCCUUGAUUGUCCACGCGGCCAUGUCGCAGAGCCAUCUCGUCCUUCCAGUAGCCGUGGAUGAUGAAUAUUUGACGCGACUUCCGGACGCUCCAGGAUCACAGCCGGAUGAGACACCGAGCCUAACAGAAUGUUAUGUACAGACUGUUCAACUGCAAGAUAUCCUCGGCGAGAUCCUGACCACGCUGUACCACUCGGAUCCUAACCCAAGCCCGGGCUCCUCACUCAGCACUGGAGUAAAAAGUGUUGACUUCCACAAGCUCUUCGCCGUUGAUAGUCUGCUUACAGCAUGGCAUAAAAGACUACCACCACAUCUUCAAGCUAGUCGGUAUAAGAACAGCGGAGAGCCCCCUACUCUCAACCUAUCAGAUAGAAAGGUAGUGUACCGUAGACAGGCGAUAGUCCUGGAGGUUAGAUAUUUGCACGUUCAUUUAAUGAUGCUCCGACCGGUUUUAUCGGGCCUUUGUGACCCAGCAUCGCAAUCAAGUGAAUUGGGCACAGGUUCCAUGCAAGAUGAGAUGGUGCUCAAGGCAGCCAACCUAUGCGUGUCUGGAGCACGAGAAUUAUUACAGCUGAUUGAGGAUAAUAUCUAUUUCAAGACGGACGUCCUUUCUCCUCCGUGGUACACGGUCUUCUAUAUACAUAGCUGCGCCAUGGUUUUUCUCAUCAGUCUGCUAUGCUCUCCGAAGCACAUCCACUGCAUGGACGAGGCCUCACUUCUCGAAGGACUGACUCGAUGUUUCGCAGCUCUCAAACAUUACCAGAGUCGAAGCCGUGCGGCGGGACGCUGCCGCAAGUUUCUCAUCUCGGUGCAGCAAGAAGUCUUCCACUACCGGAGUCAGAACGGAGUAAUGAACGAUUUAGGUGUCCUAGAAACCCCCGGCACUGCAGUCAUGCUGGGAGGUGAAAAUAGCCAUGUACGACCAGACCCUUCCAUUUGGAACAAAGAUCUACUCUCUCGGUCGGACAUUAUGCAGGAAGAUGUGCGCUUUGAUGAGCAGAUUUGGAUGUAUAAUACUCCUGAUAUUGCCUGGCUUACACAAGGAUUAUAUUACGAGGAGCACCCUGAGAACAGUUUAUAA